ACAGGGAGUGAGAACUCAUUUUGUCGUUGCUAGUCAAUUUCAGAACAUGUAAUGUAUCGUUAGAGUGACUGUUGGUAGUUUAAAAAAAUGUGAUGGUGUUUGAUCGUCUACCUUUGUUAUUGCUUUACCAAUGCUAUCUUUAACGAAAUGCUAUGUAACAUUUCCAUCGAUUGUAUAGGUUCAGUGUAUUUUAUUUUUACCACGUGGUUUUUCGGUAGUGAAUUAAAACGUUUAUGUUUUGAAGUGUUCAAAAAGAUCUAAUGUCAUUCUAUAUUAUUGACGCUACUUGCGGAUACACAUCAGUACUGUGUAACAUGUUUAUAAACAGUUUACAUUUGUGCCAUUUAAUGCAAUUUUGAUAUAUUAUUCGAAGAACUAUAAUAUUUUACUGCAAACAUGUACUGGCGAAACUUGUAUCUUGCUCUAAUGUAUGCCGAUUUCCAUGAAAAUAUCAUUUCUUACGUCGCUCCGCAUGACGGUACAAACAAACACUAUGGGACGCUUCACAGGGAAAAAGUGUCGCCUUUUGACAAUGUUGUGGCUGACUGCUCUAUUCUUCUUAGUAGAAAUAGUAGUAGGUUAUGUAACAAACUCGAUGGCUUUAAUUGCUGACAGUUUUCACAUGCUGUCGGAUGUAGCAGCAUUGGUCGUUGCAUUUCUUUCCGUAAAGAUGUCGCCAAAGAAAUGGUCUAAAAAUACAUUUGGCUGGGCCAGAGCCGAAGUUUUAGGUGCUUUGGUAAAUGCUGUCUUUUUAGUCGCAUUGUGUUUUAGUAUUACCGUCGAAGCAUGUAAGAGAUUUAUUGAAGUAGAAGAAAUACAUGAAGCUAAAUUACUUGUAGCAGUCGGUUUACUUGGGUUACUAGUGAAUGUUAUUGGGCUGUGUUUAUUUCAUGAACAUGGCCACACUCAUGCACAUUCACACGGUAUAUCUCGAAGUCAUAACAGGCUUAGCUCUUUCGUUGGAACCGACGACAACGAAAAUGACGAAGCUUACAGACCUUCCACGCCUCAGGUGAAAAGGACACAUGGUCAUACGCAUGACGCCAGUCAAAUGAAUAUGCGUGGUGUAUUUCUUCAUGUACUUUCCGAUGCCUUAGGAUCUGUUAUUGUAAUCGUAUCCGCUUUAAUUGUUUGGUUGACAGAAUGGAAGUACAGAUUUUACAUUGAUCCAGCUCUUUCACUUUUGUUAGUUAUUCUCAUUCUGCGGUCAGUGUGGCCGUUGCUGCAAGAAUCCGCCUUGAUUCUUUUGCAAACUGUACCAACACAUAUUCAGGUUGAUGCUAUUCAACAACGUUUACUCGAAAAUGUUGAUGGCGUUUUGGCUGUACACGAGUUCCAUGUAUGGCAGUUGGCUGGCGACCGUAUAAUUGCUUCAGCACACAUCCGGUGCAGAAAUCUAUCAGAAUAUAUGAAAAUUGCGGAGCAAGUUAAAGAAUUUUUUCACAACGAAGGCAUACAUUCUACUACGAUACAACCAGAAUUUAUUGAUUACCAAUCUAAUAGUGAAAUUAAGGAAACACCAACCGAAGAUUGUGUAUUAGACUGUCCAAAAACUGACAAACCUUGCAAUCAUGCAACAUGUUGUGGUCCCUCUAAACAGGGUCGUGAAACUCCUUCGCCUGGAGAAACACCAUACAUGUGCAGACAACGCAAUAGCCUUGCACGCUCAACUGGAUCUAUGAGAGGAGCCGAACAACAAGAGGUCAAUGAAAUGGAACGCGGACAUUUACUAUCGCUGCCCGCCUCGCAUAAUUCCGUCCAACUUCCACAUUCUCAAGUUAACACACCAGUUGUCUAAGUUAUCAAUCGUAUUAUCCAUACCUACCUCUAUAAUAAAAUCUGCGGCGCGUUACAAUGUUAUUAUAAAAAUUCAAUAAACUGAUAUACGUAUGUU